GCCUGGCAUGUUUCCAGCUUUGUGUCGGUUUCAUACUCCGCCCUUACUGCCUUAAACAGAGAGAGAGGGAGAGAGAAAGGAGAAACGUCAGAAAGAAUGUGCUUGGAGGAGGGCUGAAGGAAGGAGCCUCAACUGCUUCCUCUAACCUCUGCGAUCCCCUCUCUGUUCCCAAGCUGGCUGGAAGUUUUCUGAUGGAGCAUUAGCCUUGCGUUGUAGGGGAGGGCUGCGACCGCCGCCGAGAGCCCGCGAUGGGGACCGGACUUACGACCGCGACCGCGCCUUGGACCCGACUUACGACCGCGACCCCGCCGGCCCCGGGAGAGGCGUCGGGAACUCCCCGGUGGACGGGUGAGGUCUCCCGGUGGCUGGGCUCGGCCCCUCGGCUGCUGGCCGGCCUCCUGACUGCUCUGCGGGAGGGCUGGUGGUGGUGGUGGGGGCACCGCUGGUGGUGGAGGCGGCGGCGGCCGCUCGGCCCCUUGCGGCGGGGCCGGGACCAGCAACAACUGGCGGAGGAGACACCAGUGAAGAAGGAGUGGCCGGGGGGAGAAGAGGACACAACGCGGGGAACCCAGCACGACCACUUCGAGGUCUCCUUCAACCUCCUACGACACCUCUUCGACAUGUGCGUGGUGACCUUUCUCUGCCUCGCCUCGCCCGUCUUCAGGAUGUCCCUGGAUGUCCUGGGUCUGAAGGAUCUUCUGGGACUCUGGCUCCAUGGGAUGGGACUCUUCCUCGUCGUCUCCUACGGCAUGAUGCUAGUCCUGUGGUUCCUCCAGACCUACCUACCCCUGGCCGCUCUGGUGUACGGGACCCUGCUACUUCUAGUCCUAGGGGUCAGCCUGCGCCCGGGUCACCCACAGGAGCCGUUACCAAUCGAGGGAGUGGAAGUCCCAGAACCCGGUCCACCCCACGACAGCCCCGCCGGAGAGCCAGUGGGACUCUGAAGGGAGAGACACAGAGAGAGAGCGACCGACCAGCCUCUUCACCGGAGAUGCUUCUGCCAGUUCUUCCUACUUCUAGCGACUUCUUGAAGUGGGACCUUCGGUGGGACUCCUAGUAACUUCUUGAAGUGGGACCUUCGGUGAGACUCCUAGUGUCUUCGUAAAGUGGGACAGCAGAGUGGCGAUGGGCCGAAGGGUUGCGUGGACUUCCAGGAGGUGGGGACGGAUGGAAGGGAGGGGAGGGAGGGUGUUGGGGGAGGUGGUGGGAGUGGUUUGUAUCCUGUGGCAUCUUGAAGCCCCAGAUCUUGACAAUAGGUGCAAGUCAAGACAAGUCAAGUUUGUUCCUACAGCACAUUU